AUGGCUAUCUAUUUCAAAUUUAUUAGCGCUAAAGACUAUGAUGCAAUUGCAGUAGAUAGUCCUGCUAUAUCUGUUAGUGCUUUAAAACGAAAAAUUUUUGAAUUCAAGGGUACUGAUUUUGAUCUUAAACGAAAAAUUUUUGAAUUCAAGUAUAAAUCUAAAAAUGGCUUGUGUAGGGGUACUGAUUUUGAUCUUGCCAUCAUUAAUGCCCAGACUAAUGAACAAUAUCUUGAUGAUAUGUUGAUUCCUAAAAAUACUGGUGUCUUGAUUCGCCGUGUUCCAGGAACCGGGCGUGGUAGCAAAAAGCCUAUUGAUACUGCAACUAUUGCUGUUACUGAACGGCAAAUUCCGCGGAGCAGGUCUAAAACUAUUGGUAGCACUGGUUCAUCCAGUUCCGCUACUGGUGCCUCUGUUAGUAGCAAACCUGCAUCCACAAAUACUGAUUCUGUUGGCGAAGGUUUUGAUAAUGGAGCUACUACCGGUUCUGUUAGUGUGAAAUCUAGUGUUGCUUCUGUUGGGAGCGGACCAGGUUCUUUUAGGGGAGAAGUUGGGGGUGGACGUGUGAAUGGCAGAGGUUCUGGGGUUGGAUAUGGCGGAUUGGAGAAGAAAACACCACCAGAAGGCUAUGUAUGUCACAGAUGUAGCAUGGCAGGGCAUUUUAUUCAACAUUGCCCAACAAAUGGCAAUCCUGGUUAUGAUUUCAAAAGAAUGAGGCCUCCUACUGUUUUGAAGGCAAAUGAUGCUGCUUUUGAGAAGGAAAUUUUUGGGUGCUUCCCUGCAAAGAAGUCAUCAUUAUGGCUUGCAAGUGAUCUUCCACCAGAACUUCUCUGCCCUCUGUGUAAGCAAGGAAUGAAAAAUGCUGUGAUGACUAGUAAAUGCUGUUUUAGUAGCUUUUGUGACAAGUGUAUUAGGGAUUAUCUAAUCGGUUGCAAGUUGAAGUGUGUGUGUGGAGCAACUGAUGUGCUUACGGAUCAUCUUAUUCCAAAUAUGACAUUAAGGGAUACAAUUAAUCGCAUUUUGGAGUCUGGUAGUGGCAGUAGCAGUAGCGGCACAAAUGUUCAAAGCAACUCUGUUAAAGUUACAAAAUCAGAGUCUCAAACCUCUUCAUCAUCUGAGAAAGAGCAGAAGCAAUCACCAUCACUUGCUAAGAUCGAAGACAAGUCAAAUAAUGGAAAAGCUGUUGAUGUUCCACACCCAUUGGCCAAGAAAGCGACGACUGCAAGAGCAGCUGAUGUAUCUGAAGUGACUACUGGGUCAAUAAGAAAGGAAGAGCCAGGGAACAAAGGAGAAAUGCGGCAAAAGGUGGUUUCAAAGAGGAAGAGAAAUUUUGAAGAUGUUGAUGCUGAGAGCUACAUGAUGCCCAUUAGCUCUUAUGCAUACAGCCCAUAUUGGGGUGGUAUGCAGGUGGGAAUGGGUUAUGGGUUUAACCCUUUUUAUAUGUCAUUCAGCGGUAUGAAUCAAUACUCUUUCUAUAUGCAGUGAAUGAAUGGCAUAAAAUGAAGCUGUGGGUGCAAAGUUCUCCCACUGACUUCUUUUAACAGCAAUCAUUAGCCUUGUUUUUUUUUUUUGUAAAAGAGUAACAAAUCAAUAAUCAUACAAUAGAUAUCUAGUUAUGGAA